CUGCAUACUUUAGAAAAACCUAAUUUUGGAGCGAAUUUAAUCUGUUAUCGGAAAGAUGUUUUUAUUUUCCUCAAAUAUCAUAUUUAUUCCAACUAUAUAAUUAAUUAAGAAAAUUGAGUGUCAACAUCAUAUUUACAUGUGUUUCGAACAUUUAAAUUAGUUUACGAAUUUUCAACUGAAAAUUAUUGACAAUGUCGAAAGUUGUGUUAUGGCUUUUCUCAAAUUGUAUAAUAUCGUAUUAAAUUGUACAAUAUUUUAUAAUCUGACAUUUAAAAGUACAGUCAGCAACUUGUCCAAACUUAUAAACGCCUCUUAUUCGAUAAACCGAUACUAUUCAAAGUGUAACAUGAAAGUUCUUAAUGUUGCUGAGAAGCAUGAUGCUGCUAAGAGUAUCGCUGCUUAUUUAUCACGCGGUACGAGCAGAAAGAGGGAAGGCUUAUCUGUAUAUAAUAAAAUUUUUGAAUUUAAUGUACAACUAUGGGGCCAAAACUGUCAAAUGGUGAUGACAUCUGUAUCCGGCCAUUUAUUAGGCUACGAAUUCACAGGAGCUUAUCGUAAAUGGCAGGGCUGUCAUCCGCUAAGCUUAUUUGAUGCUCCAGUAUCCAAACAGUGCUCGGAAGAAAGUUAUAUAAAGAUUAAGAAAACCCUGGAACGAGAAAUACAAUCUUGCAAUGCAUUGAUUAUUUGGACAGAUUGUGAUAGAGAAGGAGAAAAUAUAGGUUUUGAGAUUAUACAGGUCUGCCAAGUGAUUAAGCCAAAUAUUCGUAUAUAUAGGGCAAAAUUCUCAGAAAUCACAAAACAGUCUAUCGAAAGAGCUCUGACAACUUUGGGGGAACCAGAUAAGGCGAUAAGUGAUGCUGUAGAUGUAAGAAGCGAAUUAGAUUUAAGAAUUGGUGCUGCAUUCACGAGGUUUCAGACCUUGAGAUUGCAGAAAGUGUUUCCCAAUACUCUUGGAGAUAUGCUUAUCAGUUAUGGUAGCUGUCAAUUUCCGACGCUUGGAUUUGUAGUUGAAAGAUUUCUAGCCAUCGAUCGAUUCAAGUCUGAACCAUAUUGGAAGAUAAAGGUAAUAGACGAUCGCGAUGGAGUAUCAAUAGAAUUCAGAUGGGCCAGAGUAAGAUUGUUCGAGAAGAUGCCUUGCCAGAUUUUUUUGGAUAUGUGUUUGGAACGGCCGGAAGCUACAGUGGAAAAAGUAAUAUGCAAACCAAAAAGCAAGUGGAGACCUUUGCCCCUGGAUACCAUUGAAUUAGAGAAGCAAGGUUCCCGUAAAUUGCGCUUAAACGCAAAAGAAACAAUGAAAAUAGCAGAGAAAUUGUAUACCCAAGGUCUCAUUAGUUAUCCACGCACUGAAACUAAUAUAUUUCCAAAAGAAUUAAAUCUGGUACCAUUAGUAGAACAACAAGUAAAUCAUCAGGCAUGGGGUGAUUUUGCACAAGGUUUAUUGGAAUCUGGGAUAACUCCCAGGCAAGGAAAAAAGACUGAUCAAGCGCAUCCUCCUAUCCAUCCCACAAAAUUCACUGAUAGUUUGCAAGGAAACGAAGCAAGAGUCUACGAAUUUGUAGUUCGACAUUUUUUAGCUUGUUUAUCAAAGAAUGCGGAAGGCCGUGAAACAACGGUGGAAAUUGAUAUAGCGGGAGAAAAAUUCACGGCUAAUGGUUUGGAAAUCAUAGCAAGGAAUUAUCUUGACGUGUACAUAUACGAUAAAUGGAACGAUAAGCAGAUUCACUCUUAUGAGCAGAGGCAAGUUUUCAGACCGACCAGCAUAGACAUGGUGGAAGAGAAAACUUCAGCGCCGAAUUUGCUGACUGAAGCCGAAUUGAUCGCGCUGAUGGAUAAACACGGCAUUGGCACAGAUGCCACUCACGCCGAACACAUUGACACCAUUAAAUCUAGGCAAUAUGUAGGCUUAACAGAUAAUCAACAUUUUAUGCCGGGCAAGUUGGGAAUUGGUUUGGUCAUGGGAUACGAUAAUAUGGGAUUCCAAAUGUCUAAACCACAUUUGCGUGCGAGUUUAGAAAAAGAUUUAAAAUUGAUAUGCCAGCGUCAGAAAGAUCCGAAUGAAGUGUUACGAGAUCAAAUCGACACAUAUCGCGAAGUGUUCAAAGUGGCAAUGGAACGUGCUAAUAUGAUAGACGAUGCUUUAGCACAGUAUCUUGAUGAGAGACCUACUCAAACCGAACAAGUACAAUUUUCUUUGGUCACAGACGUCGCUAUUUUCAAAUGUCCGAAGUGCGGGUCUAAUAUGGUUUUGAAAGAAAGAAGGCAAGGCAAAGGAAAAUAUAUUAGUUGCAUGGGAUAUCCAACAUGUCUCAAUGUGAUCUGGUUCCCAGAAGCUAUAAGAGAUGUAGAGGUUUUAAAUGAAACAUGCGAUCAGUGUACAGGAAAUGUCCACAAAUUGAAAUUCACAUUAGUCCGAAAUGUGAUACCUUUAUAUGGUACAUCAUAUAUAACUUGUAUAAGUUGUGAUACUACAUUCAAUGAAGUAUUAAACAUAAAACAGGAUUGUAUCAGACAAACUGAAAGACCAAAUACUGUUCACAAUAAUGCAUCGAGCUUCACUUCUACUUCAAGUACAUCCCAAUCGCAUACAACUCAACGACAACAGUCCGUUUCUAAUAAUACAAGAUCUGUUCAAAGCAAUAAUAAUAUUGACCCGAUCGGAACUUUUGGCAUAUCUGAAAGACGCGCACAAAACCAUAAUUUUAACGUUUCUCGACCGAAUAGGCCGAAUAUCGUUCGCGAAAGUGCUACAGCAUCAAAUAAUAGAGAAAAUUCUACUUCUUGGAUUAAUACACAUAACUUAAACAAUUCAUCGGAUCAACCUGCGCCUAGAAAUUCACGCUACGUCAUGGACAAUAAAAUUAGUGCAUGGGGUAAUAUUGACAAUAAUGCAGAGAUUAUGUGCAAAUGUCAUGAGACUGCGAUUCAAUUAACAGUAAGAAAGGAAGGACCAAAUAAAGGACGGUUGUUUUACAAAUGUGCUAAACCACAAGGUAAUGGCUGCGAUUUUUUCUUGUGGGCAUCUGAUAGCGCCGAAUCUGAAGAUGGAGCGAGUUCGAGUCGGGUAUCUAAUCUAGAUAGAAACGAUGUUAAUGCUGGUCAUUUUUCUCGUACAAAUACCUUUAACAAUGAUUGGGGAAAUUCAUCGACGAACGAUACGAUUGUGUGUCAGUGUAAUCAGCCCGCUCGAAAACUAACAGUUCAAAAAGAUGGCCCUAAUAAGGGACGACAAUUUUAUGGAUGUCCAAAAGGUAUGAACUCCACUUGUAAUUUUUUCAAGUGGGCAGACGAGAAUGAUAUCGAUAAUCGUGGAAAUACAGAUUGGAAUAAUUUCACUGUAAAUAGAGGAGGUAAUCGAACUAAUAGCAGAGUCCCUCAAAGAGGUAGUGCUCCUAAAAAGCCUAGACUUGCUGGUGGUAAGAGAAAGUGCGGGAAUUGUGGAAUCGAAGGACAUACAAAAAACAGAUGUCCAGAAAAUAUGUGACAUUAAUGAGUGAAUUUUCUUCAAUACAGUGUUGUAAAUACAGUUGUACAAUAUAUAAUGUACAGUUGAUAAAACUAAAGUUGAUGAAACUAAAGUUGUAAAAAGCUUAAAAG